CCAAAAGUACGUAAACCCUAACGUAUGUAUGUACGGAGUAUAUAUACAUGCUUGAAAUACGUUACAUUUAUUGUCUCUUACUUCGUACUACGUAAACUAUACUACUACGUAUAUUCUGUGCAAGAUCAAUCACUCAUCAGCUAUGGCGGAGCCAAGAAUUAGCGGGAACAUAGAAGGCACGCUGUCACAGACGAUCCCACCCACGGAGAAUUGCGUAUGAGAAUGAUCACUAAAGCCUUGCUGGUUUUGCCUUAUGGGCAUCUCCAGACCCUUACGCUGAGGGAUUUUUCCUCCACCGUUGAAGUCGAUCCCCGACUCCUUUUCUCCUCCACGGACGGCGUUUUGUCUGUGAUUUCCGGGGUGCUCGCCGCCUACUUCACCGUCAACCCCGCCUCCGCCCGGGCGAUCUCUCGCCAGAUAGUGACAGUUGCUCUUGACAAGGUUUGCGUCGGAGGGCAUUUGCGUUACGGGCUGUCCAUGUCCGCCGUCCUGGAAGCCACCGUCUUGAUCCCCGAACGGGUUCUUUUUCCUCCGCCGUAUGCGACGCCGCAAAAGCCGUCUCCUCCGCCACCGAAUAUGAUUGUUUCCCUUUCGGAAAUAGAGGCCCUUGUUGACUGGAUAUUAAGUGGUGUUGAGUUGGUGCUGGACACGGGCGGUGCGGGAGAGAGGGACAUUUCACCCGGCGGCGGAGACGCGUCGGGGCUGUCGGAAAGUGAGGUUUGCGGUAUGAAGACGGAGAAGUUUAACGGAGAGAAGAACGAGGAGCAUGCGGAGGUUUGUUCCGUCUGUUUGGAUGAAAAUACAAGGAAGGGGACGUUAUCACGCCGUUAGGGCCGUUUUGUUCGCAUAGGUUUCACAAUAAAUGCAUAGUUAAGUGGCUGAGGAAAAACCGGACCUGUCCGGUUUGCCGAUCCUGGGUAGCGGUUUGAUUAACCCAUUGGAGAUUCGGUUAUAUUCAGGAUGUUUUCUUUUGGACUGAAAUUUGCUGGUCUGGUCUGGUCUGGUCUGUUCUGGUCUGUUUAAGUCUGGUCUGGUCUGAUCUGGUCUGAACUAGUCUGGUAAACGUCUGGUCUCUUUGUAUUUUAUAUCUACGGAAGUCUAGUCUGGUCUGUUUAAAUCUAGUCUGGUCUGGUCUGGUCUGUUUAAGUCUGGUCUGGGACUGAAAACAGUCCAAAAGAAAACAUCCUCAAUCAAACUAUUUGAGAGUCGAGUCCAAUUCCAUAUUUGUAUUGUUAUUACUUAU